CAUAGAGCAUAAUAAAGCUGCAGCAUCCCCUCUCCCAUUUUUCAUCAUUUCCUUCGAUGGAGCGCAUGAGACUCUUGCUCAUCUUUAUUUCUAUUUUGUUCAAUGCUACAACUCUGAGUGGUGUUGAACUUCUUGUUCAUAACUACUACAAGGAGAAGUGUCCCUUAGCCGAAGACAUCGUUAGACAUAACGUGGAAGUGGCAGUUUUAAAAAAUCCUCGUUUGGCAGCCUCUCUACUUCGCUUACACUUCCACGAUUGUUUUGUCAUGGGAUGCGAUGCAUCCGUGCUUUUGGACAACGUGGAGGGCAUGACAAGUGAAAAGUUGGCUGGACCAAAUCUGAACUCUUUACGUGGAUUUGAGGUCAUAGACAAGAUAAAGUAUUUGCUUGAAGAAGAAUGUCCUAUUACUGUUUCAUGUGCUGACAUCCUUGCCAUGGCUGCACGUGAUGCUGUUGAAUUGAGAGGAGGACCAAGAUGGGAAGUCUUGCUUGGAAGGAAGGAUGCUCUCGAGUCAAGUUUCAGUGGAGCUAACAUAUUAAUUCCGGCUCCAAAUUCAUCUUUGGAGGUUCUCAUAGAUAAUUUUAAGCAACAAGGCCUCGACAUAGAAGACUUGGUAACUCUAUCUGGUAGCCAUACUAUAGGAAGAGCAAGAUGUCUAAGCUUCAGGCAGAGGAUAUAUGAUGCAAAAGAGGAAUAUCACUAUGGCUAUGAUCACUACAAACGAUACACAAGUUUCAGGAGAAUCUUGCGGUCCAUAUGCCCUGUUGAGGGAAGGGACAAUAAAUUUGCACCCUUGGAUUUUCAAACCCCAAAAAGAUUUGACAAUCACUACUUCAUAAACAUUCUUGAAGGGAAAGGCUUGUUAGGUUCUGACAAUGUUCUUAUCAGCCAUGACUUAGAUGGAAAGAUUACAGAGCAGGUGUGGGCUUAUGCCUCUAAUGAAAAACUUUUCUUUGCUUCAUUUGCUAAAUCUAUGAUUAAGAUGGGAAACAUCAAUGUUCUUACAGGAAAUGAGGGGGAAAUUAGGAGGAAUUGUAGGUUUGUCAACGCUUAGUUGUUAUGUAGUGCAUAUGGUUUGUAAUAAUUAACUGAUUGAGACCUAAUCUUACUACUUGCAAUUGAGAAUAUAGAUUAUAUAUGAAAUUGAUCACCUAACAAAUGGAAGAAUCAAAUGUUUAUAUAUUUUGGCAACUAUACUGAAUUGGCAUCAA